GGAAUCGGACGCCUUUCAUCAUUGUCUCUAGAAAUUACGAUUUAUUUUUCCAAAACAGACGAUUUAGCAACAAAUUUCGCAUCAGAAAGUGGUCAGAAGUGCAACAAUGGCGGUGUAUUCAUUACCAAAAGCACGAUUUAUACAAAAGGUCGGAAAUUUUCGUCCUAUCUCACAUCAGUGGAGCUCCAAGUGGAAUAUUGUGUCACGAGCUGUAGGUACAGGCAGACGCAGUAGCCAAAAGAGCAUCCAAGACACACAAGGCGGCGGCCUAGUCAAUGCGAACAAGUCGUCGAGUGGGGAUCACCAUCAUCAUCAGCACCAUCACAAACACUCUAAAGGUAAAUUAUAUAAGAAAAAAUGGCUUAAGAAAGCUGGUGCGGGUUGGACCUUAUUAUCUGUUUUGGAUUGGUGGAUAAUAGCUGGCGGAUGGUUCACAUGGAGUGGCGUUCUCUUGCGAUGGACCCCAUUGGGCUUUUGUCUUAUUGCGGCGGCACAGUGGCACUUGCAUAAUCGCGAAAUGGACAAGAAAGGUCUGCCGCGUACGGCGACACAAUGGCAGAUGAAUGUUUACCGAUCGUUACCCUUGAGAAUGGUUAGUCGAUGCUGGGGAUGGCUCGCGGAUUGUCGUGUCCCAAAGCCGUGUCGCCCAAUAGUUUAUGGCCUUUACUCUACCACAUUUGGCGUCAAAAUUCACGAAGCAGCUGUUACGGAUUACAAGAGUUAUAGAAGCUUAGCUGAAUUUUUUACCAGAUCCCUUAGAGAUGACGUACGAAUUAUUGAUCCUAUCAGUAGCAUAGUUUCUCCUUGCGAUGGUCGUGUUUUACAUUUUGGUUCAGCGACAAAUGAACAAAUUGAACAAGUGAAAGGUGUCAAUUAUAACCUCGAGGAUUUUCUGGGUCCUCGAUGGAACUCCUCCGAAAAAUUGAAUUAUGUAGAUAGUCUUAAAUUAAGUGCCAAUAAAGAGGAUACAGCAUUGUAUCAAUGUAUAAUAUAUCUAGCUCCCGGUGAUUAUCAUCGCUUCCAUUCACCUUCCGUGUGGCAACCGGAAUUGCGACGUCAUUUCGCAGGCGAACUUCUCUCAGUCAGUCCCAAAAUUGCCAAAUGGGUGCCCGGACUCUUUUGUUUGAACGAACGUGUUGUCUACACUGGCAAAUGGAAGCACGGCUUCUUCAGUUUUACCGCAGUUGGUGCAACAAAUGUUGGUUCUGUCCAAAUCUAUAUCGAUGAGGAAUUAAAAACGAAUCGCUGGCUCGGCAUCAAGCCCGGCAAGGACAAGUACAAGAACUUUGACGAACUCAAACUUACCAAAGAAAUUCAGCUCAACAAGGGCGAGUUACUCGGACAGUUCAACAUGGGCAGCACAGUCGUCAUGAUUUUUGAGGCACCGAAAAACUUCAAGUUUAACCUCACAACCGGUCAAACAAUUCAACUGGGCGAACCCAUUGGAAAUCUCGCUGAAAAUUACAAAGAGUCCCUCAUUUAACAGAGAGCCUAUUAUUGCUAUGCGAGAUAUUUAUAGUGAUAACUAGCAAAUGAUUUUCUUCUUAGUUCAUAAUUUUUUAAUAUUUUACCUCAUCAUGAUUAUUUUUUUGUGAUUUUUUUUCUCCACCACCGUUUUAACCAUAAAAUAACGUUAUUUUAGAACAGUUGUUGCCAUUUAUAGUCCCAAUUUUAAGUUUUAGUAAUUUUCUGACUGAGAUUUUAAGUUAGAUUACGAAUACAUACAAAGACGAGCUCGAAACUCAUUUCAUGUGAUAUAAUUUUUAUACCUAAAAUUACGAAAAUAAAGUAAAAUGUAAGAAAAUAGUAAAACGAAAUGAGUUCCGACGAAUGCAGAUUAAACGAUACGAAAGCACAAACAUCAUUAAGACUAUCUAGAAAUUCAUAGAUUUGAUAAAAAAUAAAAAGUAGAAUUGAAAUUUUAUUUUUCGAUUUUCAAAAAGUGGAGUUUAGGUUUUUAAACUUUAGAAAUAGUUAUAAAUUGAGAGAAAAUUAUAUCAAAAUGACAUAUAAAAAAAAUAUAUAUUUUUAUUAGACGAUAGAUAGACUGUUAAAAUGCCUGAAAUUGUAGAUAGCUACCCAAAUAAUAGAGAUAAGAAUGAAAAAAUACAAUAAAGACGAUAAUAUUGAUAAGUUU